GAAAGGAAAUUCACCAAUACGAUGCAGCUGGAUUUUACCAUCGAUGUUGGUUUGGCAAAGAACACAACAGUCAUAGCUACAGUAGGAGCCUUCGACCCAAGUAUGCGCAUGUGGCUUGUGGGCCCUGAUGGACGGCAAUGCGAAAACUGCACUACUGCCAUUAGUAACGUGACCAAGAUAAACAUACCGGACCCAGUACACGGCAUUGCAAACCGGGCUCUGAUUAUGACGUGAGCUGCUUUCCAACCAGCAACGAAGAUUUUAAGCCGGACCCGCCACCACAAGGGAAGCCCAUCGGCCCUUUCCAGAGGGAGGUCGAUCUAGGAACAUUCGAUGUGCCAUUUGACCUGCAUAAACACAUGGUGCCUCCAAUGGCAGUCAAGAACCUAAGAGUUUCUGAGGAGAGACCAGGAAAAAAUGGCACCCUUCUGGCGAACAUGACCUGGACAUGGCCAGGGAAGCACAUGGACCAUGGAACUGCGUCGUCAAUCGAUAUCCGAGCGAGCAAAGACUUCAAAGGCCUGGACGACCACUUCGAGUCCCAAGUGCAGAUCGACUCAACGAGCUUGGUUCAGGGCGACUUGAUACCUAGACCGGGAGGAACGACUCACGCUGUGACGAUCUCGCUUACACGUGAAUUGGCAGAGGAAAGAGAAAAUUUCACAAUGUGGAGAGUGAAGUUUGCUCUUAGAGUGAACAACAGCUACGGCCUGAUGUCUGGGUUAUCAAAUAUAGCGCAGUUGGCCUACGACGAUUGGUCGAAAACUGAAGCUGGCUACCAUGGCAACAAGUACACCUCAAAGAUUCCAGAAGGCCUGCCGGCCAGGCCCACGACAGCUGGGAAAAGUAGCCCGAAAUCCACGCAAGACAACUCUGCCGAGAAUGACAGUGAUGACGGCACAUCGUCUACGUCACUAAUUCCAUGGCUUCUGGCUCUUCUUGUGGCAGCAGUAAUGGUGGGCUCUGCUGUGCUGUGGAUUCUCAAAAGAAGCAAGGGUGGAAGCGAUAUUGGAUUUGGGGACAAGGGUCCUGCAGAACUGGCUGAGACAACAAGUGCGCCACCGUGAAAGUGUUUGAACACGUUAGGAGUUAAUAAACUGCUCAAAACACAAUAUUUUUGUUCGCAUUGCUACUGGGCUUGCAUGUGUUCCUCAAAUGUGCCUGGUGUCUCGUCAAGUAUUUUUACUUAAUGCCUAGAACAUCUACACCAGUGCUAGCAUAGUGAAAAAAAUUAUUUCAGCUUAUCCGGAUAGCAAGACUCAACGCGAAAUCAUCAGCCAAGCUCUAGCUG